AUGGAUACUAACGACAAACAGGAGAAGGAAGAAGAAGUAGUAAGCGGAACAGUUGCUACAGUAUUUGGAUUAACCGACACAAGGAAAACCAAAAUCCAGUUAACAGUGCCACUCUUAAAAGGAGUCUAUACUACCCAAAAGACCCAAAACUAUAAGAAAAGAAAGAGACCAAGCAUCUCAAAAACUCCAAAACCUGAUAUGACCAAGCAAAACAACACUAAAAAGACACCGAACGAAUGA